UGGGGACAUUGUGAACCGUAACCCCAACACGCGAGUGUGCUUUAUUAUUUUUGCCCAAAAAUCACUUUCGCAGGGCACCUGUGGCCACAUUUCAGUGCACAAUAGUUAAUUUAGGUGUUUUAAAUCAUGCUGUACUUAGAGGAUUACCUUGAAAUGAUUGAACAUUUGCCACAGGAGCUGAGGGAUAGGUUCACAGAGAUGAGAGAAAUGGACUUGUCUGUGCAAAAUAACAUGGACUCCUUGGACAAACGGGUGCGGGUGUUCUUCUCGCAGUGUCGACGGAAUGAAAUCCCAGCCAGUCAGGCUGAAGUAGAAUUCCAGGCACUCCGGAAGGAUUACUACAAAGUACUGGAGGAUGCGGAUGAGAAGGUGCAACUUGCUAGUCAAAUGUAUGAUCUUGUGGAGCGCUACCUACGGCGAUUGGAUAGCGAAUUGUACAAAUUCAAAUGCGAGCUCGAGGCGGAUCACAAUGGCAUCACGGAGAUCCUGGAGAAGAGAUCACUCGAGCUCGAUGGGACAAGUAACAGUAUUCCAGGUGCGGGAAGCAAUCACCAGAAGGAGAAUCGAUACUACGGCCUCCUGGCAAGUGGGAGUACCCCAAGUACGGGGACACAGAGUCACCGGGUAGACACGCGGUAUCGUCAUAAGACAGAGAAGCGUCGCGACAGUGGAAGUGGCGCUAGUUUGGGCAUGGAGAAGCGUCAGGCGCUGAGUAUAACGAAUUCCCAGACACCCGUACGGCCGGUGACGCCAAAUUUGAGUAGUAGUAGCGUUUCCCACCAUCAACCCCUGACGAGCACCCCAAAUUCCUCAGUUAGCUACAGCCUACAGCAUAUUGGAGCUGGGAAUGCCAUUGCAGCAGCUGCCAGCCAGGCCAUUGCGGCUACACAGCAGAUGCAGCAGGGAAGGCGUACGGCCAGCCUCAAGGCAUCCUACGAGGCAAUUCACAGCUCAUCGGGCAGUGGUGCUCAUGAACUUCUUCUUGGGACUGAUUUAGCCGGGGUGGCGCAUUCAGCACUCCGGGCAGUGGAACGUGAGGGGAGUUCCUACAAUUCCAGCCAGAGGAGGCAUAAAAAGAAACUCAGCUCUAGUUUAUCACAAAACAGCCAAUCGUCACUCCCGACGACACCUGCAGCUGCACAGGUACCCCUCGUGGAGCCCACAACGCCCACAGUGGUGAUCAAUGAGAACGGCAUGGUGGUAGAACAAACCCCUGAGGGCGAGUGGACGUAUGAUCCCAACGAGCCACGCUACUGCAUUUGCAAUCAAGUCUCCUACGGCGAUAUGGUGGCGUGUGACAAUGAAGACUGCCCAUUUGAGUGGUUCCACUAUCCCUGUGUUGGUAUAACACAGUCACCAAAGGGGAAGUGGUACUGCCCACAGUGCACCUCAUCAAUGCGCCGAAGAGGCUCACGGAAGACAUAAGAAACUCCCAAUGGAGAGUGAGAUUUCUUUACUUAAAAAACAAACGCUUGGAAAGUUUUUCUCUUUCUUUUUUUUACCGCGUUGUAGCAAAAAGACUUUGCUGUGGCAGAGAUUUAUCUUCCUCAGCGUGUGCAUAGCAUCUCUUCUAAUCCUUCCACACAACAUACACACAUUCGUGAAUUUCAAUCCCAGAAAAUGAAGAACAAGAAAACAUGUAUAGCAUUGUUGGAAUUUAUUGUGCGAGUCAUGAGAGAAAGAAAAUGAAAAAUGAAAUUACUCAAAUGAA